UCUACAGUUGACUGUAUUAACACUACGCUCUUAUGAAAUAAUGACACAUUUUAAUAAAUGUGUGUCGGUCCGGGAAGCGCUUGAGAAAUGCAACAGGUUUGGCAGGUGUAGCGAUACUUAGCAAGUAGGCUAUCUUACCUGCACCAGGUGUGGGAGGCUUAUAGCCCAGCAAUAAGUUGACGCGUCACCUCAAGCGAGUCCUGUCCAUUCUUGAGAACAUGAACAAUCCCAUACCAUCAAACUUGAAGUCGGAAGCAAAGAAGGCUGCCAAAAUCCUGCGGGAAUUCACUGUAAUAUCCAACAGGACUGGACCUGAUAAACUCAUUCCAGCCCAUAUAAUUGCCACAGCUCAGGGGCUGGCCAUUAUCUCGGUCAUCCGCGCCGGCUUCAUGAUCACGGCCCGCGGAGGCAGUGGGAUCGUAAUUGCAAGGCUCCCAGAUGGACGGUGGUCUGCUCCCUCUGCCAUUGGGAUUGCUGGUCUUGGAGGAGGCUUUGAAAUUGGUCUGGAGGCGUCCGACUUCGUCAUCAUUCUGUACCAGAAGAGAGCGGUGGAAGCCUUCAGCAAAGGAGGGAAUCUGACGUUCGGUGGCAACUGCACGGUGGCGGUGGGACCCCUGGGCAGGAACCUGGAGGCGGACGUGGCGCUGCGCAGCACGGCGGCCGUGUUCUCGUACUGCAAGUCGCGCGGCCUCUACGCCGGCGUGUCCCUCGAGGGCUCCUACCUCAUGGAGCGCAAGGAGACCAACAGGAAGUUCUACGGACGUGAGAUCCGUGCCUCUGCCAUCCUGAAUGGAGACGUGGAUCCUCCGUCCGAGGUGUUUGACCUGUACACCAUCCUGGAUGACUACGUGGAGAAGUACACCAACGACUGGCAGAGCCGGCAUUCACGCCUCCCCUCCAGCAGAGCCUCUGGCCUUAUGAGUGGCCCUCCAGCGAGACCUCGGCCUCCCAGUCAGAAGCCGUCAGCCUCCUCCGGAGCGAGCUUCAGUGGCCGGCCUACAGACUCAAAGCCUGCCCUUUACCCCAGCCUCUCCGUCGUGAGGAGAGACAGUGCACCAGGUCCUGCGGCGAGUGGACCCUUGGUGGUCACAGCCACGCAUGCCUUCGAGGGCCAGCAGCCCGGCGACCUGAGCUUCAGCGCUGGGGACCGCAUCACUGUGCUGCAGAAGAGCGAGUCCCAGUACGACUGGUGGGAGGGGCAGCUGGGAGGGAAGGUGGGCAUCUUCCCCGCCAACUUCGUCACCCACAACUGACCAACGCUACGGGAGGAGAUCCGCUGUUUGCUGACGAAUGCUUUUGAUUGGUUAUUAUGCUUUGUUUGUAUGUUAGCAGUGGUUCUGAAGGACUACUGUAGUUCCUAAGCACUGCGUAGAGCCAACCUGCACACUCGAAGGGACAUGAACAAGGGGAAAUGUUAAGUGAAAUUGGCACUAUAUAUUGUUAAAGAUUAUGAGUGAAAUUGGCACUAUAUGCUGUUGAAGAUUAUGAGUGAUUGGCGCUACCGAUCACCAAAAUGUGUCCUUUGAUUGCCAUAUCUAAAGAAGAUGGUUAGAAGGACAGAGCAUCACUACUUCUCUUAAUGGUAUGAUUUGAGUAUGCUUUAUCUUUAAGGGCAUUGGUGUUGUAUGCACUUUAUGGUUUCUCUUUUUCUAGUUAUUUAUCUUAGCAUUGGCUUUAAUAGGAUGAAUGCUCCACACUCGAUCCUCAGGCUAUUCUCAGUUGUUUUAAUGUGUUGUGUCUGAUGUGUCUUUCUGCUGUUACCACACAGGCCUGAUGCAGGUGUCUUAUGUCUCAAAACAAAAUGCUGUCAUAACAUCAUGGCAAACUAUUCUGUGCUAAGUAGGCUGAUUUCAUAAUAUGCUAAAAAAAAGAAGCCUUCAUUGAUAUAAGAAAAAAUGUUUACCUGUUUUAUCAGUCACAUUCAAUUGUUAUUAUUUUAUAACCUCAUGAUGUUUAAUGAGUAAAGGAAAACUUGUGCAAGAAAACAGGCAGUACAGAAAAUACAAUUAAUUUUGGAUACUAGCAUCAACUAUAAUCGGUUAAAUCAGCUAAAAAUAAAUAAACAAGUAAAUAUCACAAAGCAACACAAUGACAUUUUUUUAAAAACGAUGCAGUACGAAGAGGCUUCACCAACAGGAAGCCUAUGAUGUUACAAGCUCCUGUACACACAUUGUAUUCACUGCCCUAUUAUAUACCUCUUAUCAUUCAAAUGGUGCCAAAUCUGUAGAGACAUUUGUAUGAUCCUGCAAUUCUUUUAUAUAUCUUGAAGGCAUUGUGAUAUGUUUAUUUGAUGCAAUCUAUGGAUAUAUUUCGAAUAUGAUAAUAAAAUUGUGUGUGAUUAAUUAUA